UUUAAAAAUUGAUCGAUUAGCCUGUAAAAAAUCUUCCGAAGGGUUUGGAAAUGUCGGUGAUAAGCAAAUUUUUUCUGCUACCACUAUUCUACCUCAAUAUAUGCAUUUAGUAAUGUCGAGAAAAUGGCCUGUAGGGAAAUAA